AUGGCUACCGCCCCCCCUCCCAAUCCCUUUCCGCUAAGCGCGUUUCAUGUUGCAUACGAACGAUGCCUCGCCCUCGAAUCUGCGGCACCCAGUCUUCAAGCUCUCCCUGACUGCCCUCCCCCCGUUAUAUGCGCUCGCCUUCUUGGCCACUUGUUGCGUUUGUCCCCCGCUGGUAACCCCCGAGGACGAGUUCAACGGGAAAUCGCGUUAGCGACGGACGGUGUAACUCUUAUGAAGUUAGCCGGGCACUAUAUGAGUAAUUUCAUCAAGGCUUUUAAGCGUAGCAACGGACCAACGCCCGCGCCAUCUGAACAUCCUUCCCGCCCAUCCUCUCUGGAUGCUCGUGAAUACACCAUGACUUUGAUGAAGGACAGUGGCAUAGAUCAUGGGACGGCUCGGACGCAUAUAUGUCCGCUUCUAUGCAAAUUCUACAGACCAUUCCCCGAGGACGUUCGAGUCGGUGGCUUCAGGCGCUUGGAAGCUGUGCACAUCAUUCCACAGGCAAUUAACAGAAAUAUCGGAGAAGAGGGAACGAAGCAAUCUCGUUCUGCGAGUGUCUGGUCGGUCUUGGGGAUGUUCACUGAGGUCGACCUCUUUGAGCUCUUGGCGGGCAGAUUGAUCCAUCGGCUCGAGAACAUCAUGAUGUUGCAGUACGAAUGUCAUGCGGUAUUCGAUGAUCUCGUGUUGUGGCUUAAACCUGUAGAGGGUGCGCAAGACACAUAUAGUGUACAUUCAGCUCAUCCAAAAGUGAAGGGGGCAUUAGGCAUUCCCGACACUGUACAUUUCUCCACAACAACUGGAUACCCUCUCCCCCACCCUGCCCUUCUUUCGCUUCACGCGCUUUGCUGUGAGGUGGCCUGGAUGUCUGGAGCUGCGGAGUACAUCAUGGACAUAGAGAGGAGGAUGGAUCAAACAAGAGUUCUAGCAAACGAUGGCUCCAAUGCUGACGUCUUGGUGAAAGCGUUAGCACUUGUUGGAACUUAUUGA